GAAAGAUGAACUGAGGUCCACACUCCAGUCCAGUUGGUAGUGAACCUUAAAAUUGGUUGCCAAGCGCCAUAUAAAGUCCAAAAAACAAGAGUAAGCCUGAAGGAGGAGAGAUUACUAGAAACGAACUCGGUUUACCCUAUUAUCUGUGGAUGAAAUGACGGAGUAGAGGACCUUGCGCAUUUCAGCACUCUGUGGCAUUUCAGAGAAGGCAGGUGGCUACCUGACUCUGACUGUUUGGUCACCUGGCCAGAUUGAACCCACUUCUGGAGCCUGUCCUCAUCCUCUAAAGGCAUCCCCUAACUUACCACGCCCAAGAGGAAGGAAGGCCUAGAGCCAGAUGGUCCAACCAGCUGGAAGACAACCUACACAACCUGGGACUCAACACCACAUCAGCCUGGGACCUGGCCCGGGAACUGGAUGGCACGGAGAGCCUAAUAUCCACGUUCUACUCUCCAAGGAGCUAGUGAAGACGGAAGACAGCAGGAGGGCGUGGACCUGAGCGAAAGAGAGAGAGAGAAAAGAGAGAGAGAGAAAAGAGAGAGAGAGAAAAGAGAGAGAGAGAAAAGAGAGAGAGGCUGAAAGCAAAAGGAAACAAGGUAGAAGAAAAGGAAGAGUGGGCGUGACAACAGAGAGAGAGAGAGGCUGAUACACACGCUCGCUCGGCAGGAGUGUGUCCAGAUUGCCCUCUGUGUGCGUUUUGUGUGUGUUGAGCAGGUGGGACUUUGAUGGGACAGUGAGCAAUGCCUCGCACGCAGCGACAGCAGGUUGGCAGUAGGGGGCGACGCACUCCUCUGCCCCUCCUCCUUCUCCCUCUCUUCUCCCUCCUCCUAUCCCACACUCCUCAGCUCAGCCAAGCAGCUAUACACAUACCUCCCAACUACCAAAUAAAUGAAUUCAAAAAGCCCCCGGUGAUCACCACCCAGCCUGAGUCCAUCACCGUGUUCGGUGCUGAAGACAUCCUCCUGACCUGCGAAGCAUCAGGAAACCCUCCUCCAGAGUUCCGUUGGAAAAAGGACGGGGUGGAAUUUAUCCCAGCCAAUUACCCGGGCCUGUCGAUGUCUCUGGGUUCCGGAACCUUCAUGACAACAGGGGCAGGGUCAGAACCCAUGAGCCAAUACCAGGGCAAAUACAGCUGCUACGCUGAUAACGAGCUGGGCACCGCUGUCUCCAACGAGGUCCAGCUCAUCACUGAGAACACCCCGGCCCUCCAGAAAGAGAAAAAGGUGAAAAAGAAGGUGGAAGAAGGAGAGAGUGUGAUACUGAAAUGUAACCCUCCCUUCAGCACUGUUCCUCCUGUCAUCCACUGGAUGGACAAGAGACUCCGUCACAUUGAGCUGAAUGAUCGUGUGACCCAAGGCCGGGACGGGAACCUCUACUUCUCUCACGUUACAGCCGACGACAACCGUAACGACUACACCUGUAAUGCCCAGUACCUUAGUGCUCGCACCAUCCUCUCCAAGGAACCCAUCAGCCUUACCGUAACCAUCUCUAACUCAGUGGUGCGGAACCGAAGACCCCAGAUGAUGAGGCCCUCAGGGGCCCACAGCACUUACCACACCCUCCGGGGCCAGAGCCUGGAGCUAGAGUGCAUCGUCCAGGGCCUCCCUACCCCUACAGUCCAGUGGGUGAGGAAGGACGGUCAGCUGUCCGAGUCUCGUACAUUCAGAGAUCUGUCUGACCGCCUGCUGCGCUUCAGUAACAUCUCAGAGAGCGACGGGGGAGAAUACCAGUGUUCAGCCAUUAACUCACAGGGCAGGGUCACACACAUCUACACCGUCAGCGUCGAAGCUGCUCCGUACUGGACCAAGGAGCCAGUGAGCCAGCUUUAUGCCCCAGGAGAGACAGUGAAACUGGACUGUCAGGCCGAUGGCAUUCCCUCUCCUGCUGUCGCCUGGAGCAUGAACGGAAAUCCCAUCACAGGUAUAGACUUGGACCCCAGGCGUACUGUGAGAGAUGGAGCUCUGAUUCUGAGAGAUGUGGUCUUCACCGAUACAGCAGUCUACCAGUGUCAGGCCCACAACAAACACGGAACCAUCCUAGUCAAUACCUACAUCUUCGUCAUCGAGCUGCCGCCUCAGAUCCUGAGUGCGGACGGACAGACAUACACCGUCACAGAGGGACAGAAGGCUGGUCUACACUGUCAGACCUUUGGGUCUCCCAGACCUAAAGUUACAUGGGAGGUGGACAAUGGCGCGUCUCUACUGGCUGACCCCAGGGUUAACCUGCUGACCAAUGGAAGCCUCCAGAUCACCAACGUCUCCCACGACGACGAGGGCCUGUACACCUGCUCCAUCAGCAACACCAACAUGUCAAUCAACGCUGAGCUGGAGGUGCUGAACAGGACAGUGAUCCUGUCUCCUCCCGGGGACCUGCGUGUUAGGCCUGGGAAGACGGUCAUAUUUACCUGCCUGGCUCAGGUGGACUCCAAACUGACCCCCCCACACAUCCAAUGGAGGAGGAGUGGACAGAAACUAAUGCAGUCGUACGCUGAGGACAAGUACACGUUUGAGGGCCCCGACCUGAUCGUGGCCAACGUGCAGACAGAGGACGAGGGGGUUUACACCUGUGAGGUCAUCACUAACCUGGAUAUGGCUGAGGCCAGCGGAUCCAUCACGCUAGUCGACCGUCCAAAUCCCCCCACCCAGCUCCAGGUCUCUGACCCUAAAGACCGCGGAGUGACUCUCAGCUGGACCGCUGGAGAUGACCACAACAGCCCUGUCAUAGAGUUUCGGGUGGAGUUUAAGGAUCCCGUUUCUAACGAGUGGAGUUGGGAGGAGCUGAAACGUGUUAGUGGAACCAAAGAGAGUGUGAACCUUGCCCUGCAGCCCUAUGUGUCCUACCGUUUCCGGGUCAUCUCCAUCAACGACAUCGGGAAGAGUGAUCCCAGCACGCCUUCUGACCUUCACAGCACGCCACCUCAAGCUCCAGACAACAACCCUGAGGAUGUGAGGAGUGAGUCUACAGACCCAGACACCCUGGUCAUCACAUGGGAGGAAAUGGACAGGCGUGUGUUCAACGGACCGGAGUUCCACUACAAGGUGUUCUGGAGGAGGGUAGUAGGUGACGGCCCCACCUGGCACUAUAAUGUCACCACUGAGCCACCGUACAUCGUUACUGAAGUGGGCAACUUCUCAGCCUUCGAGAUCAAAGUACAGGCUGUCAAUCAGAAAGGGGAGGGACCUGAGCCAGACCCUGUCAUUGGCUACUCCGGAGAGAAUGUCCCCCUGGAGGCUCCUAUGGAUGUGGGUGUUGUGCUGCUCAACAGUACAGCCAUCAGGGUAACAUGGGCAGCAGUGGACAGAGAUACUGUCAGAGGACACCUACUGGGAUACAAGAUCCACCUGACAAGGUUCGGCUCCAGGGGCCACCACCGGGGCCGGAGGGCCAGAGAGCCAGAGAGCAGCAUGGUGGUGGAGACAGGGGCCAACGAGGAGAAGAGGGUCCUGGGGGGCCUUAGACCCUACUCCCACUACGCCCUCACAGUCACUGUGUUCAACAGCAAGGGAGAGGGGCCCCCCUCCGACCCACCCCUGUCCUUCAGUACCGACGAAGGAGCUCCUGGCCCCCCCAUGUCUCUCCACCUGGAAAGCCCUGCAGAGACAGAGAUGACCCUUCACUGGACCCCCCCUGCUCAGCCCAACGGGGUUCUCAAAGGAUACCUGCUGCAGUAUCAACAGAUCGUGGAGAGUGAUGACAGCCCGGUGCAGGUGGAGACCAUAGACGACCACACGCUGACCAAACUGACCCUGAAGCAGCUGGACCCCAAGAGCCGUUACCGCUUCUACCUGAGGGGGCGCACCUCGGCCGGGGACGGAGAGCCCAUAACAAGGGAGGGCGCCACCACGCUGGACGGAGCUCCUCCGUCCAACAUCAGCUUGGCUGUAGGUGAGAAGUCUGUUAACCUGAGCUGGGUGCCAGGCCAGAGACACAGGAGUGUGGGCUUCCAGGUCCAGUACCUCAACAAGAACAGCGGUGGAAAGUGGAAGCAGUCUGAGAAGCUGAACUCGUCCCAGUCAUUCUACCAGCUGAAGGGUCUGACCCCAGGAUCACAGUACCGGCUCAGAUUCACCUUCAGCAACAACACCUUCUGGGAGACGGAGAUCAGGACCGAGGGAGCAGGAGUGGUGGAUGUGCAGACAGGCUUUGCUACUCAGGGCUGGUUCAUUGGGCUCGUGAGCGCCAUCGUGCUGUUGCUGCUGGUACUGCUCAUCCUCUGCUUCAUCAAGAGGAGCAAGGGGGGAAAGUAUUCAGUCAAAGAUAAGGAGGAGGGUCAGGUAGACUCUGAGGCGCGCCCUAUGAAGGAUGAAACAUUCGGAGAGUACAGCGAUAACGAGGAGAAGCGGACAGCCAGCCAGCCGUCUCUGUGUGAUGAGAGCAAGCUGUGUACCAGUGAGGACAACCUGGAUGGCUACAACAACGGCAGCAGUGCUGUCACCGAGGUGAACAUGGAGGAUUCCCUGGUCAGCCAGUACAGCCGGCCCAGCGAAGCCACCCCGGACCCGGGUACACUGCAGGACAGCUCCCCCCUCAACCCCACCGCCACCACCCCAACACCCACCAACAACGGCCUGCCCAACUCGGCGGCCAUCUUAGAUUAGACAAAAGUAAAAUGCAGCCAUUUUAGAUUUAAGGUUACUAAGGCAACAGGACUGUCUGUCAGACCAAAACAUAUCUGUCAACAACAUGUCAAUGAUACAAACAUGCCCACAGCCCACACCCUUCUAGCUAUCUAUAAUACAUGGGUUUAUCUACUCGACUGACUUUUCCAUCGAUAAGCUCACUGACUAUAUGAUCAAUAUACUACUGACCAUUUAGAUACAUCUGUUGUUCAAUAGGGGAGAGUGGGGUAAGUUGAGCUAUGUUUUACAUUCACAAUCACCCAGUCAUUGGAACUAUAGCAUUCUUUCUAACAAAGAUAUCUACAUAUAUUUGAAGAUGUGUCUCCCUGGAAAUAAUCCAAAUUAAAUCACAUGACAGUUUUGAAAACAGCUUGUCCCAAAAAAAUUGCUCCACCAUUUCCUGUUUGCAAAAAUUGAAUAGUUCGCAUAAUUUCAGUUUCUGCGACAAACCAAAUCAAAAUGGAAAACAUUUCAACUCUACAGUAUAUCUGACAUGGUACAGGUGUCUUCUUUUUUGUAAGCUCAGAACCAUGUGUGUGAGGUGUAUACUUUGUUUCAAUGUGGGUUACUGCUCACAAGAGACACUCUGUGUGACCCUGAUUUAGCCCACUUAAGCAUAUUUUAACACAGGCUUAACACCUAACAAACACUUUGUACUAUUUUAACACUUUUAACAUCGUUCUUGCAUUAUGCCUGGGAAGAAAACACUUGAAUUUGCUCAACAUGCCAUUGGUUCAACCAUGGCUCAACUUACCCCAAGGCAAACAUUUUGACUAUAUUAGCCCACAUAGCAACAAUGAUGCACUUUCAUGCUAUGUUUAGGACCUCAUAUUGAAUCUUAUAGAGACCCCAAAUUAUGUAUAAAACCAUCUUUAAAUUAUUUACUUUGGUUUAGACGGAAGCAUCAUGAAACCUUUAACACAAUAAAUUCAUUUGACUUGGUGAAAAUAAUUUUUGGGGACCUAACUUGCUUACCACUUUUUCCAUGUGCUUUCAUCCUUCACACACUCGAUGAAAUUGUGACCUCUUCCUAAAUAUUUGGUCAAAGUAUACAUUUUUGGUGUGGUUUCCUAAAAACAAAGGCGGCUCAACUUACCUCUUUGGCUCAACUUACCCCACUCACCCCUAAUGUUAUCUCUCCAUCUGACAGACUGGACUAUUUGACCAAAGGAGUGUCCUUCUUGAUAAGACAGGCCGACUGACGUGACAGACAGACAGACCCACCUCAGCCUAAAGAUGUCCUGUGACCCGUCUUUCUCUAUGUAGUUUACAACAUACCUGAGUGACAGACCUUCAUAUCUCGUGACUCCCCCACUCUUUCUCUCUCACCCUCUAUCAAAUCAUUGUCAUAUUGGACUGGGAGAGAGCGAAUUAUAAAAACGAUGCUAGGAAGAGAAGCCAAUGUAAUUUCAGGUAUGAUGGUACACAGACAUGAAGGGAAGAUGUGGAUACAUGGAAGGGAAUGAUUGACAGACAGAGGCUUGUGGGAGGAUACAGACAGCGCAAGCUAAUGUGGGUUACAAAUGGCAAGUCUUAUAGAUGUUUAUUACUUUCACCUUUUUAUAUUAUUUGCCAUGAUUUAAAUCUCUACAUCCACUUUUUUAUGUCUUCGACAGUUGGCAACAUAAUUUUUUAUGAUUAAUUUAUUUUUCUACUAACUUUUUGAAUACAAAAAGUCAACAUUGUUUUGCUUUGUAUUUUCUCAUUUAAAAAAAAAGAAUAUAUUGUUUUAUAGAUCAUUUGCAUAUAUGAGGUGAUUCAUAUUUAGAUUUUUUUUCUACAUAUUUCUACAUAAAUCAAGAUAAUCAUAAUUUUACCCUAGCCAGGUUUUCAUAGUAAAUGAAUUGGGUGAAAAUGCUGUAUAGCAGUAAGCAAAUCGGUGUAUUUUUGUGCAUUACAUCUAUCUAUCUAGCCAUAUACAGUAUUAUAGAUACAGUAUGUAUGUACAUGUUCAUUAUGAGUUCCAGUGCCUACUGGCCCUCUAUACAGAGCACCAGAUUACAUGCUUACUCUAGUCUAUUCUACUUUACUCUCGCCUUUUCACCACAAGUGUGAUGUCAUUAUUGGUAUGAUAAUGUAAUUUAUGUGUAGACCUCUUUGUGUACUAGCUUUCUGUAUUUGUUCUAUCUGUGUCUCUUUCUACGGUGUAUUAAACUAUGUCCGCUGUUAAACGUUAUCUUUCCCAUACCUCUUCAUGUCAUAGUAUAACAUAAUACUAUUGCACACUGUAAUGUGUGGUAGGAAGCAGUAUUUCUACAUAUUUACAGUUAGCAGGGAGUGAAAUACACAAACAUACACACACACACACACACUCACUAUUCCUUUCAUGCCCUGAACAAUGCACGCUGUCAAUCCAAAACAGGAUUACCUGAUUGGCAGAUUGGGAUGAAAGGCAAACGUGUAGAUUGGUUGCUUUUUGCAUCUAACGUAUAGAUUGCAUUCUUUGUUGGCAUGGGUAGAAAUAAUAUUUACAUGCCAAAAACCCUUCUUUUUGAAUUAGACAAUGACAAGAAUCAUGACAUAAGCAUUUAGAGAUAAGGAGAACAGAGGUAUUGGUACGGAUAAAAGAGAAGAGACUAGAAAGAGAGAGCUUUUUAAAUGUCACUCUGAAUGUAAAUACAACCCAAAAGAUUGUGUUAUUUAGCAAUGAGUUUGUUUGAUACAAGUGUGUGGGUUUUAAAACUCUGUCUUAAGUUUACUUCAAAUGUUGCAAGUAGUUUUAUUGUAUUUUUUUGUAAUGAACCUAUGAAUUCAUAUUUUUCCUGUAUUGACAACUGAUUACAGUGAUUUGACUGUUUUAGAAAAAUCGUUAAUAGAUAAGCAAAAUAUAAACAAAAAGGCAAAAAAAAUAAUAUCCUCCCACCAUUCCUUAAAUGUUGCAAAACAAGAAAAAAAAGAAAAACACAUUUUUACAUCAAUAGUAGAAAGUGCGCACGUGAAAUUUGGUUCUGAGUGCCGAGAUUACAUCAGUAGCUUUUGUUGUUUUAGAAUAUACAGUAGAAUCAAUACCAACCCAUUGAAAGCUGAGGUUAAACUUAUGUUAAUGGUCAUCAUGUCCAUCAAGUUUUCCUGGCUUGUAAGGGGCACUUCGCCUUCAUUUUUUUGUGUCCCUUUAAGCAUUACAGUACAGUGAGUAUCUGUGUUGAGAGAGUCUAUGUUUGUGUCCCAAAUGGCACCCUAUUCCCUAGCCAAAAUAAUGUACUAUAUAGGGAAUAGGGUCCCAUUGCGGACACUCAUCGUGCUGAGGCCAUGUGAUGAUGAGGACGGGAGGGAGGGAGGCAGUGAGCUAGUUUGUGAUGAAGCACCACAGGGAGUAUAUGCAAUGUGCUGGCUCUGCCCUCACUGCUCACCCCACUCAAACUAGCCUACAGUCUACCCAGAGACAGACCCGGGUUCAAAUAAGUUUCAUUUUCUUUCAGAGGAGAGUUUGAUUGAGCCUGCCUGGAUUGCAAGAUGGGCGGAGACAACGGUUUGCACUUUUGGGGCCACUCUAUUGGGUCCAUUAUGCCAGAAGCACAGCUUAAGUAAUUGAGAAAAAACAAACACUAUUUGAACCCAGGUCCGACUGCAAGCCAAGCUAUCAUCCACUGUUACUGUUCAGUGAGUCCCAGGGAAAUGGGAUAGAGAAAAGGGAUUGUCUCUGGCUUGGCAGAAAGGCAAUAGGUGCAUCCGCAUUGGCACCCUAUUCCUUAUACAGUGGAUAUGUACACUAUAUAGGGAAUAGGGUGCCAAUUCAGACGCAGCCAGUGAGUCUGACAUAAUGAGAGGUUUGAGUGAGCUCAGCUCCCUGUAGUUUGCUGUUACAGACACACUCAGGACAAAAAAAAAUCAAUUUCAGAAAUCUAUUUUCAUACAGAAUGAUAAUAUUAUGAUAAAAUGAAAUAAUAUGCCAAUUAUUCUCUCAUAACUAUGGAUUGUGUCUCAAAUGGCAUCUUAUUCCCUAUGUAGUGCACUACUUAUGACCAGAGCCAUAUGGGCCCGGUGUUCAGGGAUAUCACUAUGGGCCCUGGUCAUAAGUAAUGCACUAUAGAGUGCCAUUUGAGACGCAGCCUAUCUCGCUGCUAACCAUCUGUGCUAGUCAUGGUGUGAUGUCAGUAGUGUCAGGGUAAGUGAUAGCUUGAAUGAAUGAGUUGGGGAAUAAGUGAACUACUGAACACACAGAUACUCACUCUACUGCCUGCCUUUCUAGCUAUCUCUGCUUUUGAUUUUUCAUGUGGUCAGUGAGGGGAUCGUCUAAGCCAGGUUUAGUGCUAGCAUUUCUUACUUUCCCCUCUGUUACUUUCAUUUCCAUUUUUUUAUACUUAAAUUAAAAAUAAAAAGUGAAUUUUAAUUGCAUAUAGAAGAGAAUGAUAGCAUCAGCUUCAUUAAGGUACAAAAUGUAUACAUUUACAGUCAUGGUGGAGGGAUAGAAGGCGGGAGGGAUGGAGGGAGGGGACGGAUACUGUGUAUUUCACUGCCUGAGGGGAGACCGAGUCCCUCUGUGUGGUAUGUUUGGUCCCUCUGUGUGGGGGGAGUCCCUCUGUGUGGUGUGUUUGGGGUCCCAUUAGCACAAUGGAACUGGGGGAUUGGUGGGUACAGUAGUGUAUUGGUAGUCUGGUCCCAGAUCUGUUUGUGCUGUAUGGCCAACUCCUAUGGUCGAUAUCAUGCUAAAGUCAUAGGAGUUGUUAAGACAGCACAACCAGAUCUGUGAACGGGCUAGUGUGUUCCUGCUAAUUGGUUGAGACGGAAGUGGAGCGGGUUGAGGGUUGGUUGGUCAGGGAGGUGGUCACUGUGUGGAGUGGAGUUGUACUAUAUGUUAUGGGUCCAAUGACAUUGUAACGAUCUGCAUUAUGAAUCAGCCACUUGUAACUAAAUAUGUGACAAUGAAUUAAAUAAAGAACCUUGGACUAAUCG